GAAACCUCUGAGUUUGCGACCGUAGCUGUCGCUUUCCGGCCAAUACAGAGGUGCCUGAAGGCUGGUUGGGGUGGUGAGGCCCGAGGCAGCUUCUGGAAUUUCUGAGCAGCCCUCGUCAGUACAAGAUGGACCCCGUAGUCUUGAGUUACAUGGACAGUCUACUGCGGCAAUCAGAUGUCUCACUAUUGGAUCCGCCAAGCUGGCUCAAUGACCAUAUUAUUGGGUUUGCGUUUGAGUACUUUGCCAACAGUCAGUUUCAUGACUGCUCUGAUCACGUCAGUUUCAUCAGCCCUGAAGUCACCCAGUUCAUCAAGUGCACUAGCAACCCAGCAGAGAUUGCCAUGUUCCUUGAACCUCUGGACCUCCCCCACAAGAGAGUUGUAUUUUUAGCCAUCAAUGAUAACUCCAACCAGGCAGCUGGAGGAACCCACUGGAGUUUAUUGGUGUACCUCCAAGAUAAAAAUAGCUUUUUUCAUUAUGAUUCCCAUAGCAGGAGCAACUCAGUUCACGCAAAGCAGGUAGCAGAGAAACUGGAGGCUUUCUUAGGCAGAAAAGGAGACAAACUGGCCUUUGUGGAAGAGAAAGCCCCUGCCCAACAAAACAGCUAUGACUGUGGGAUGUACGUGAUAUGUAACACUGAGGCCUUGUGUCAGAACUUCUUUAGGCAACAGACAGAAUCACUGCUGCAGCUACUCACCCCUGCAUACAUCACAAAGAAGAGGGGAGAAUGGAAAGAUCUCAUUGCCACACUUGCUAAAAAGUAGCUAUUGAAGUAUAUUUGCGACUUUUGAAGGCUCCUCUUUCUGCCCUUCCCCAUUUGUUGGAUGGCUGCAAUCUCAGUGCCUGAGGGAAGAUGCCUAGUAGAGGAAAGCUUAAUACUCUUUUUCCUGAAAGAAUAUCAUCCUCUGCAUUAUCCCCAUGGAACGUUUCACUUUAACCCUGACUGGGGAGCAAUAUGUUCUGUGAAAAUAUCUUGAAAUUGUACACCAAAACCUUACAACCAACUUAUUUGAACAUUUAUUACACACGAGGUUUAAGUAAGACUUUUCUUAUUGGUAUAUAAUUAAUUUCCUUUGGUCUCCCUUAUCCACAUUGGCUUAUUCUGGAGGAAAAGCAGUGAUCUGUAAAACAAAUCAAGAAUAUAUUAAAUCUAGAGGAAUGCAGAGAAGAAAACUAUAAAACAGAACCAAAAACUUGUGGCACAGCCUACAUAAUUAAGAGAUCAACUGGCUGGAAGCAGAUCAAGGCCUAACUUCAUUCAAGACCUAAAUAUUAUGAGACUCAGUUAUUCAGUUUUAUGUGAUAUCUCUUCCAUUCACCAUGCACAGGCUUUUCCAGCUAUCUAUAUAAUGUUUGCAAAUAUUUGAUAAAGAUGAUGUUACCCUAUCUUCCUCCAUCUGAUUCCUGGAAUGCUUGAAGAGAGGGGAAAUCUUGAGUAACCUCAUUAAAAUUAAUGUCUGGUGGACCUCUCAGUUUGCUCACUGAUUGGGUAGACUUGCUACUCUGGAUUAAUAGCUGCUUUUCUCUGCCUUGUCUAUUAGCCAUGCACACACUUCCUCCUUAUAUCCAAAGUUCUUUGGUUCUAAAAUUCAUAGUUGAUACCUUCCCAAGGUUACCUGUUGUUUCAGAUAAACAUUUGUGCUUCCUGAUAGUUAUAGGUUUUCCUCUCUGUCCUUAAUUCUGGCAGAAUUGUUUUUAGUUAUGUCAUGGUAAUUUCAGGAUGAUUUUUGUAUCUGAAACUUAACAGACUUAGAGUUGGUUUGUUUUUUAAAUAUAAAGGAAGAAAAGUGACCUUUCUCAGCCCUUUUACUUAAUUAAAAAUGCAGGGAAUGUAAUUUGUAAAAUGUGGAACCAAGAGUAAAACGAAAUACUAUCCCUCCAGAA